UUCCACGCGAAGGCAUGAGUGUGUUGGUGACAUCCGGGUUCUUUCUUUACUCCCGUGUAUCAACAUGGCGGCUCAAAUCUCGAAAAAGAGGAAGUUCGUAGCUGACGGAGUGUUCAAGGCUGAGUUGAAUGAGUUCCUUACUCGUGAGCUAGCUGAGGAUGGCUACAGCGGCGUGGAAGUGCGUGUGACGCCCACCCGUACCGAGAUCAUCAUCAUGGCCACCAGGACCCAGAACGUGUUGGGUGAGAAAGGUCGUCGCAUCAGGGAACUGACUGCCGUCGUGCAGAAGCGUUUCAACUUUGCUGAGGGAACUGUCGAGCUGUACGCUGAGAAGGUUGCCACCCGUGGUCUGUGCGCCAUCGCACAGUGUGAGUCACUUCGCUACAAGCUCAUCGGUGGUCUUGCUGUCAGAAGGGCGUGUUACGGUGUACUGCGUUUCAUCAUGGAGAGCAACGCCAAAGGUUGCGAGGUCGUCGUAUCUGGAAAGCUGAGAGGUCAACGUGCCAAGUCCAUGAAGUUUGUAGAUGGUUUGAUGAUCCACAGUGGUGAUCCGGUCAAUGAGUACGUCGACACUGCCAUCAGGCACGUCAUGCUCAGGCAGGGGGUGCUCGGCAUCAAGGUCAAGAUUAUGCUCCCGUGGGAUGCCACCGGCAAGAGUGGUCCCAAGCGCCCCCUCCCCGAUGCCGUCAGCGUUGUAGAGCCCAAGGAUGAGGAGAUCCCCGCCCAGCCGUACUCUGAGCAGAAGGGAGUCAAGCCCAUUGAACCAGUUGCUCCUGGCCAGCCCCAACAACAGGUCCCCGUAGCGGGACCAAUGGGCGCUGGAGUGGCUCCUGUGCCACAGCAGCAACAGCAGCCAGCACCACAGAUGGCUUAGAUGAGGAAUCAGAGAGAUGCAAGUAAAACCAACAGAAUGACAAGAGUCGACCAUAAUUAAAGCAAGAUAACCCUCCAUCAAGUUACAACACUACUGCAUUGAUAAACCACUACCCGUAUCAAAGCAACAUUACUGUAUUGAUAAACUAUGAAUAUUUUCCUCUAUUGACGGACUAGUAAAGGUAAUGUUUUGCACACCUCCCUACUGGUCUGAAAUAUUGACUGACUACAUGAUAGAGAUGAGCCGCUGAAUGGCAAGCUAUGUUCAAUAAAGUAACUGGUUAAUGUCACAGUGAA